AUGCGGACGCUUGACCAAGUCGAGUACUCUGAGGAGGCUACAGUCGCCGCCGUGAUCGACUUUUACGUCUUUCUGACUAAAAUGUACCUUCCCGAGUCGGCUGUCGUGCACCCGCCGCCAGGAGGGUGGCCAACGUUGGCCUCUGAUUUACAGGGCCUGGGGAAGUCAGACGAGGUACUGAGCCUACUUUCACACCUACCGUACAUCCGCCAAGAUCUCGACGACAACGAGAUACCAGAAAUCACCCCUGGAGGUCGUUGGAUAGACUGGCGCAUGUCCGGUACCUGGGUACGCGAGGGCGGCAGCGACAUCGACGAGCUUCGCACCAUCACCGCCACCACGGAGCACGUACCCGAGAGCGUCGUCGGGCUGACGAUGAGCGAGCACCACACCUUCCUGAUUGAUACGGAGCUCGGCGUCAUUUACUGGCCAGAGUGUCCCGGCCGGCUCCGCGACGGGCCCCGGUGCAUCGAGGACGACCCGUACGAUUACUGCGACGAUGAGGAAGACGCCGAGUGGCGUGCCGACGGCGCCGCCUGGUCUGUCGCCGACUUCUUCAAGGUGCUCAAGGCCGAGUACCACUUGCUGCGCUGGGUGCCGUGUAACGAGUACGAGGUCUUGGAUUCGGAGAGCGCGAUGACGAGGAAUCCUAUUCCGGCGCUGCAGAAGGUUUACCGGCGCCACGGUUGGCCCGAUUCGCAAGAGUAUCGAAAGGAGGAGUGCCUUGAGGAGACGAAGGCGGUUAUGAUUGCAAUUGAGCAGGCAGGGGAUGAGGAGGAAGGGCGCACUUAG